AUGGCAACAUCUACCUCCGGAACCUUCACCACUCCCGACGGCCACUCCCUCUACACCCUAACCUACACCCCACCCUCCUCCACCCCACCGAUCGCCCGUCUAAUCCACCUCCACGGUUUCUCCGACCACGCCCACCAACAUGCCCAAUUCUUCCAAUACCUCGCCUCCACGCACGCCAUCAAAGUCUACGCCUUCGAUCAACGCGGCUGGGGUCGCAGCGUGCACACCCCGAAAGAAAAAGGCCUGUCAGGUCCUACGUCACAAGUCAUGGAGGACAUCACUUCGUUCGUGGAGAGUCUGCCGGCGGAGGAGAGUGACAUUCCGCUGUUUUUGAUGGGACAUAGUAUGGGUGGAGGGGAGUGUUUGUACUACGCUGCGAUGGGACCGGCGGAGACAAAGAGGAAGAUACGAGGGUUUAUUGCUUCGGCGCCGUGGAUUGCGGUGCAUGAAGAUACGCGGCCGAGCUUUAUUACCGUGGCGGUUGGACGACUCGUGGGUAAGCUCUUCCCGCACAGGCAAAUGGUCAACAAAGUGGAUGCGUCGAAACUCUCGCGGGAUGAGGAGGUUUGCAAGAUUUGGCAUGAAGACGAGCAUUGUCACGAUACCGGCACAUUGGAAGGCUUAGCAGGUGCACUGGAUAGAGGCGGGGACUUGGAGACGGGCAAAGUGGUAGUGAAAGAUGGGGUGGGAGAGGGCGGCAAGACGAGAUUGUUCAUUGGCUUCGGAACGGCGGAUAAGGUUGUGAGUUAUACAGUUGGAAGGAAGUGGUUUGAGGCGUGUAAAGUGGAGGACAAAGAGUUUCGAGCAUACGAGGGGUGGUAUCAUAAUCUAGACAUGGAGCCGGGAGAGGACAAAAUCACUUUUGCGAACGAUGUUGCGAAGUGGGUCAAAGAGAGAAGUGGGAGCUUGGAGAGUGGGAAGGCGAAGCUAUGA